GACGACAGCAGCCGCGUUUCAGACCUCUUUGCGCUCAAAACAUGUUGCAGGAAGAAAAAAAAUGAUACCGCUCCACUCACUUUUUACCAGCACAUGCAGACAACAGACAUCUUUAACCCUUGUACUCCUGAGGUGAAACAUGUCCGCGGUCUACCUCCUCCUCCUCCUGCUGCUGCCGCUGGUGUCCGCACAGACCUACCAUUGGGGGGGCUGUCCUGCCCCCAAGGUGCAGCCCAACUUCAACCUCCCACAGUAUAUGGGCCGGUGGUACGAGAUCGAGAAGCUCCCUUCGACCUACGAGAGAGGAAAGUGCAUCGAGGCCAACUACGCCUUCAGGAAAGAUGGAACCAUCCAGGUGCUGGCCUCCCGCCUCCGUAAAGACAAGGUGAGGUUAGCAGAAGGAACCGCAGUGGUUCAAGACCAGAGAGAACCUUCCAGACUCGGAGUCAGCUUCUCGUAUUUUACGCCCUACAGCCCUUACCUGGUCCUGACCACCGACUACACCAGCCUCUCCGUGGUCUACUCCUGCACCAGCAUCCUCAACAUCUUCCACUACGACUACGCCUGGGUCCUGGGCCGCUCUCGCUUCCUGCCGUGGGAGACCGUGAGAUACGCCGAGCAGCUGCUGACGGACGAGGGGAUCGACCUGUACAGGAUGAAGCCCACGGAUCAGACGGGCUGCAAGGACACCUGAAGGUCCACCUGUGGCCGGUGAGCCUCGGUUUCGGGAUCAAUACUCUCCAUCGAAUCUCAGUGUGGUUCGCUUUGAUUUCCAGUAUUUAUCCAGCAUCGCCCCACUGUGGAUAUUGUUGCAAAACCUAUAAAUAAACAUCAAUGCUCAAAGAAAGUUGCAAAGGGGGUUUAUUGUGUUGUGAUGAUGUGUGUAGUAAAGAAAACAAACACAUCCGUGCUGGUAGCAAACAUAAGGGUCGGUUCAUUAAAUCUGCAUUGAAUUAAUCAGAUAACUCGGUCACUCUUUAAUCAGUCAGUACAUCAUCACCAUCUG